AUGCUUUUCGUGGAACCAGGCCUGGUCCGCGUACAGACUACGCCGUUUCGCCUGUUGCUAUCCCCAAUUGCUCUGCGUCGAGUACCGAACAAAGACAUCAUCGCGCCCUGCUAUCCAUCCGUCACUCCCGAAUGUCCUGCAGCCAAGCCUCGAGUCUUGCUUUCGCGUCUACAUGCCGCCGCUAAUUAUGGCGUGGCGUGGGCCCCCGGUACAGAUCCUUGGUUUGCUUCUUCCUUAGCUUCCCCCCCCGGCCAGCAAGGUCCGCCGAACAGACAGGUACCAUUGCUAUCUACAGCAGUGGCAGUGCUUUUGUGUUUUCGGGACUUUUGUUCUUCAUCGCCGUUGUUGGGUUGCAUGUGCUCUAUUGUUUGGCAGAGAUUGUGUCUUGGUGUCCAGCUUCAAUGCCCUGCUAUGACAUCCUCCAACAUGCGUCGUUCUAUUUCGCUUGAAAUGCAUGCAGCCGAUAGCGAGACCUUAAGCCAAUCCAAUAAAGCACGAUGCCGCGUUUGCUUUCCCUGA